AUGAACAUCAACAAGAAAUUCGACCGCUUCAAGCAAUGGACAAACGAAAAAAUGGGUGCCGAGGCCCGGACGGGCCUGUCCGAAGAGUUCAAGGCCCUCGAGAUGGAGAUGAACCUGCGCCAUGAAGGCAUGGAGAAGAUGCACAGCACCAUGAGCGUCUACGUCAAGUCGCUCUCGAAGCGUGCAGAAGGCGCCGACAAGGAGAAGCAGCUUCCAGGCGGCCACCUGGGCUCCUCCAUGGUGACGCACGGCGAGGACUUUGAGCCCGACUCGGAAUACGGCACCUGCCUCUCCUCCCUCGGUCGAGCAAACGAGCGCCUGGCAAGAGUACAAGAGACGUACAUACAGAGUGCAACCUCGACAUGGCUCGAGGGCCUCGAGCGCUCUCUGGUCCAAAUGAAGGAGUACCAGGCUGCCCGCAAGAAGCUCGAGACACGUCGCCUGGCCUAUGACACGUCACUCGCAAAGAUGCAAAAGACCAAGAAGGAAGACUUCCGCAUGGAGGAGGAGCUCCGCGCCCAAAAGGCAAAGUACGAAGAGACCAGCGAAGAGGUCUUCCGGAGAAUGCAGGACAUCAAGGAAGCAGAGGUCGACAUGGUCCAAGACCUCACGGCCUUCCUCGAGGCAGAGUUGAGCUACUACGACCGCUGUCGUGAGAUCUUACUCAAUGUCAAGCGAGAGUGGCCUGUUCAGGACACCGCCAGAUUGAAUCCCUCCCGUCCCUCGCGCUCCCGAUCCAAUACCGCCCACGGUUACGCCGAGCGAUUCAACCCGGUCGAAGAAGAGCCCGAGCCCGAGGUUCCGCGCAUGACUAUUCCCAAACUGACCAAGCAGCGCAGUCGCUCGCCGGGCCCCAGCAGCUCUCCCAACAAUUAUGGUCUGCGCCCCUCUGUCAGUCGCACCUCGACCUACGACGAUUCCAACAGCCUCCGCGACGAGUCUCCCGCUCGUCGCUUGUCUCGGGCCCCUACGGGAUCCUCGGUCAUAUCUUCGGGUCGCAGCAAUCUGCGCCCUGUCCGCCAAACCAGUGGAUCCCAGAAUGCCUUUGCCGACGACUAUGACGAUGAUUAUGCCCAGUCCAAUGGAAACAAUAGCCAUCGCCGUGACAGAUCGCCCCCCAGCGCCGACGAAUCUAUAGGCAGCGCACGGGGCAGUGUCGUGUCCCGAGCAGCAAGCUGGACGACGGCCGAGCAAGGCAACGGAAAGAAGGCGCCUCCGCCACCACCUCCGUCAAGGUCAAAGAAGCCUCCGCCACCUCCUCCACCAAUGAAGCGAAGUGCGUUGAGUGAAUCUCAAGUAGCACGCUACUAG